CAGUGAGUGAGUAGACAACAAACAAUCAACAUUCUCGGUCAGUAGAGCUUUUCCAAAAAAAUUUCAUCAUCAUCAACAUCACCAUCUUUUGCUGCGGCAACAACCCAAACAGUAGUAGUACUUCAAAAGUUAUCGACGUUGAAACGCUCGUUCGUCCGUUCGUUCGGUCAUUCGUUCUUUGCGGUACUUGAAAUACGGAUAAACAGUUCGAGGAAAAGAAAAAAAAACAAUCGCAAAUUGAAAAAAAGAAACAAAUCUUAAAGUGAGUCAAUCUAAAUUGCAUCCGUAAACGAACUCUCCAAAAAGUCAUCAAAAUGACAAAAGUCGAAUUAUAUAAAUCGCGGGUAUUCGUUACCAUUAUUCAUCUCUUGGCUCUCGGCCAAUUUGUGUAUGCCCUGUAUUUUCAUAAAUUUGAAACGCAACGGAGUUAUAAAUCAAAGCCAACGGAGGUGCAAAAAAUGGUACCCGAUACCAUGGAGAAGAAACUGCAGUAUUUGACCUAUUGGAAUUUGAUCAUUCAAGCUUUAUAUUAUACCAUUUCGUUGGUAAAUGAUUUCGUUGGCAGCAAUGAGGUAAUGCCCAAGAAAACACCAUUGAUUCGAAAAAUUAAGGAUUACAUGAUGACCACAUUUGCUUUCCCCAUUGCACUAAAUGUUGGCAUUACCUUCUGGGGUCUGUAUGCUGUCGAUCGUGAAUUGGUCUUCCCACGGGUCUUGGAUGCUGUAUUCCCAAGCUGGCUUAACCACAUUAUGCACACCAAUAUUGUUGUGUUCAUUGUCUUGGAAAUGUUUAUCUCCUUCCGUUCUUAUCCAUCACGUUUCAAAGGUCUGGCCGGCUUAUCGGCCUUUAUGUUGGCCUACUUGGUGUGGUUGCAUGUGAUUAAGCACUAUUCGGGCGUUUGGGUAUAUCCCGUCUUGGAAGUUCUACAAUUGCCACAACGUAUUGUAUUCUUUAUCGGUUCAUUGGUAUUUACAUUGGGUCUCUAUAUGUUUGGCGAGGUAUUGAACAAUUUGGUCUGGUCGAAAGAACUUAAAAUGGCUCAACGUAAACACAAGUAAAUUUGUGGUGGAGUGUCAAAAUAAAAUCCAAUAACACAACAAAACCAAAUACCCUAACAACACUUCAUUUCACUAACUUUUAGAAUUACUUCUAAUAACGAUCUGAUUACAAAAAAAGAAAAAGAAAACUGAGAAUGAAUAAAUUAAUUAAAUACACGUAAUAUUGUUCUUAUGAUAAUUCUAAACCAGAUUUUUAAAUGCUAAUGUUUUUUUGUUGUUUUUGUGAAAUAAUAUACAUAAAGGCAUGCUAUAAUUAUCUCUAUAAAUAUUUAUAUAUAUAUUCCAAAGUAUAUAAUUACAAUAAGACAACACACACAAAAACAAAAAAAAAGAAACUUAACACAAAGAAGUAAAGCAAAAUACUUGAACAAUUAAAGAUAAUAAUAUUAACUAAAUACUAUUAUAAAAGGUCAAGCAAAAUGAUACAAAAACCGAAAUUUAAAAAAUAAAUAUUUGUGAAUGCCUUUAGUUCUAGAAGGCUUUUAUAUAGAAA